AUGAUAGCUAUUGUGUUAUUACUGUAGAGAUUCUUUUUAUUGUCUGCUUAUUACAUCAUUGGUAUGAAUGAGGAUUCUUAGAUAUAAACAUACUCAUUAGAUUUAAACAUUUAAAAUUAUGGAAUAGAUUCCUGUUUUUCCUAUGGCUUAUGGAGCAGAUAUUCUCCACUAGGAUCAAUACUUUAGGUUGGACAAUUCGGCUUAUUUGAUAGUAAUUGUUAUCAUCUUCAUAAUGCUGCUUAACAAUCCACCUACGAUUUGAAUUUAAUUGUAUAUGACUGCCUCAACUAUGAAAGCUAAAAGAUUUUAAGAAGAAUUCAAUUCGUUACUCCCGAUAAGAGCUGGCACUUAUUUGAAGUAGAACUUGAUAUUCUACAUUAUGAAUAUGUCUGGCAUUAUUUUGAGAUUACUCAGUGGCCAUAAAGAAAUAGGUUUGAGCUAUUAGUCAUUAAAUAUCCAGAAACUAAACUACAUAUAGUGCAAGAAGAUUUUUAGUUUCCUUUCAAAGACACAUAAUUGCUUCUCACAUUUGGAGGAGGAUUGCAAAUAUCAUAAUCAAAUACUAAUUAGCUUUUAUAAGAAAUAUCAAAAUUUUCAUAUUUCCCAGGAAAAUUUUAUUUGUAUCCUUUAUCAAUAGGGAAUAUGGGGAUAACUAGAAAUGCUGCCCUCGUUGCAUUAAGUGGAAUUUAGUUUAGAGCAUCCUGUUUAUGCAGUUACAAUUAGUUGAUAGGUAUACCAAACAAAGAAUUAACUUGGUUAGAUAAUGUCAUAUUUCCUUCUUAAAACUCUAAUUGUAAUUCAUAUUUGCUAUCAACUUGGAUCAGAAUUUAAAAUAUUUAUCAAUCGUCUCCAGAAUUUUUAUAUUAAGUCUUAAAAUUGUCUGCUAACUUUGAAAAUCCUAAAUUAGUUAAUAGUAAUUUAGCUACCUUCUAAUUAUUCUAUAAGAUAACAUCAUCAAAAAAUUAAUUGAUUGUAACUACUUACAGUUAUAAAUUUCCUAUUGUUUCUAUCAAUUUUUAGGGAGAUCCCUUCUUAAUCACAAAGGAGUUCGAUCUUCAUCACAAUAUGAAACUUUGGCAUAAUGUUUUAGUGAUAUUAAAAGAUAAUACAUUGAGUAUACAAAUCAUUUUUUACGAGGGAUUUCAAAUUUACGAAUAUAAUUAUGAAUUGUAAGUAAACUAAUUUAAUAUUGUCAAAUUCAAAUUAUAAUAUGGAAAUGUGCAAUAGUUAGUUCAUGACUACCUUUCUGUUCAAUUUUUAAAUUCCUACUUUUUCAAUUGUGUAGGAUUUAUAUUAUUGCCUCAACUGAGUUGUCAUGAGAGUUGUUUAGAAUGCGAUGGUCCAACUAGUACAGAUUGUUUAUCCUGUCCUAGCAAUUCAAAUCGUAUUUAUAUUGCUGAAUAAAAGUCUUGCGUAUGUCCAUAUUAUAGAGUUGAUGAUAGUGAUUGCAAAGAUUAUUAAAAUUAUAAUUUUGUACUUGUCAAAGAAGAUGUGAAAGAUAAUAAAUGUCUUGAAGGAUACUUUUAAUAUGAAGGAGGUUGUAUCAAAUGUCCGUCAUUAAUAACCAGUACAAGCAUAACAUGUUUAGAAUGUGUUUAUUAGCCUCAGACUUGGGCAACUAAUUCUUUUUGUUAAACAACUCUAUAUAAUGAUAUUAAAGGAAGUGUAUCUUAGUUAAAAUAAACCAAGUCUUAAUAUUAUAUAUUUGAUGGGGAUGCUCUUGAAAUACGAUAUUAUACCAAUUCAAAACUAAUUGAUGAAGAAAUCAAAGAUGAUUUUGAAUUGGCUUCGAUGAAUUUCAAGAACUUUUGCUUUCAGGCUCAAACAUUUGCAGUAGUUUGGAGAAGUGAGAAAGAAUGUUAUCAAUGCUCUAUAAAAGACUGCAAAAAAUGUAUAAUCACUGCGUAGAGAUCAGUUUGUUUAGAAUGUGAUUAUUACUCCUAACUUAUGGAUGGAAUAUGCGUAAAAUCAUCUUUGGUUGGGCCAAUCAAUAUUAAUAAUUGCUUAUCUCCUAAUUAUUAUAGUUCAACUUAUGAGUGCAAACCUUGUAAUAUUAAAUAUUGCAAAUACUGUUUUGAGUUUUUAAGUAAUGAUUUAACAAAAUGCACCUUAUAUCGGGACUAUAAGUCAUUUAAUAUAGAUGAGUAUCACUAGGUGGGUUGUGCUUUGUGUAAUGACGAUUUUAUUUAUGAUUUUACUUCUGGUAAAUGUAAAUAUGAAAAACAAAAAAUAGAUAAAUGUCUUCGAUCUUAUAUUAACUUAUAAGGAUAAGAAAUUUGCACUCUAUCAAAAGUAGAUGAUUUUCACAUUGCUCCUGAAAUCAUCAAUUGUUAAAGCUAUAUUUAAAAUUGUAAAUAAUGUUUAAUGACUCCAUAAAAAGUAAUCAGGUGCAUUUUGUGUGAAGAUGGUUACACAACUUCAAUAACCACUGGAUUAUGCUACAAAUGCUCGAUUAAGAAUGCUAGAAUUUGUAUUGAAGGGGAUUAUUAGGUGAGGGAUUAAUGGGUGUAAGUAAUCUAAAGCUUUUUAAUCUAAUUUUUACCUAAUCAGUAUAUGUAUCCAAAACCUGACCAAUAGCGACUCAUAAAUGAAAUGCCAUACGAAUGCUAUAAAGGCUUUUAGCUUGAUCCCUUAAAUAAUUGUAUCUAAUAUUGUGAUUCUAAUUGUUUAUCGUGCGUUUUGACUGAAGUGUACCCAUAUAAAUUUUAUUGUAAUGAAUGUCCUCUAGAUUAUUAUUAAUUGCCAUUAAGAUCAUCUGAAAUUGGUAAAUGUAUUUAAUGUCCUCAAUUAUGUUCAGUUUGCUAAUCCAGAACUGAUGAGGAAAUCAAAAUGAUCAACCCUUAUUAUGUUUUGAAUGAGAAUACAAUUCUUUAUACUUUGAAAUGCCUUUUAAAAGCUGAAGAUGAUAAUAUAGUUAUUGAUCCUUAUACCAAUAUUGCUAAAUAUUGCUAUUAAUCUAUUUGCACAGAUGUCGUUUAAUAUCAACUUUAUGUUGAUUGCUUAAAUGUGCAAGAUGUAUUGAAUAAGAACAAAUAAGCAUUCUACCAGAAUAACAUAAAUAUUGGCUAUUGCAAUAAAUUAGGUGUUUAGAAAAUAAUAAUAUACAUGAAAAUUAUGAUCAAACCUGGGAUCAUCUGUAAUUUACCAGGUUCAAUUGAUAUCUAUAAUGAUCUGAGAUAGAGAAUUUAUACACUUCAAGAAGUUUAACUUAUAAUGGAAGGAUAAGAUAGAGGUGGCAUAAAUGUGCCACUCAAUAUAAUGAAUUUUAACAGGGUUGAAUUUAUCAACGUGAAUUUAGAAAUAAAGAAGAUAUAAUAAUUGAAAAUAGACAAUAAUUCUAACCAAAUCAGCUUAAUCAUCAAGAAUUCAAUUAUAUUUGGAUACAUAACUUAAAUUCAAAAAUACUCUAUAAAUUUAACCAAAUGCGGAGAUUUGAUCAUUUAAAAUCUUUAGUUAUCAAACUUAAAUCUUAUAAAUUCCACGCUUUUCAAUUACAUUUCUAUAAAUCCAGAAAGCAAAAUUUCUAUUUCAAAUUUAACAAUAUAUGCCUCCAUUUUUAAUAACAGUUUUUUAUUUAUUUUUUCAAACCUAACUCAGAACAUUUAGAUUACUAAUAUUUCAAUAGUAGGUUGCUAAUUUUAUAAUUCUCCCAUAUUUUCGUUUAAUUCAAUCUCUCCAAAUAUAUAGUUAUAACUAGAUAUUAAUGGUUUCGAAUUGCAAAAAAGCAUAUUUAUUGCCUCAAACCUAAUUGUAGCAUCAAAUGGGAUUUAAGUUAAUCUUAAUUACUUGUAAAUUUAUUAAAACUAAUUUACUAACUCGACUUUGCUAGGUUUAAGUUAAAAUUUAGUCCUUUAUAACACAUUGUUAAGGGAAAACCUAUUUAUUAACUCAUUAUUUUUAUAUAUAACUGAAAUAGAAGGAUAAUCCAAAACUAUUUAUAUUUAUAACUUUAGUGUUAUUUCUAAUUCAAUUUAAACUUCAUCCAUAAUUAACACCAAAUAAUAUAUCAAUAACGCUUUUACAAAAUUUUAGAUUAUUAAUUUGCUAAUGAGAGAUAAUUACAACAAUUAAUAUUCUGGAUUGUAUCUAUUUAAUUUAAAUUGCUAUUCACUAAUAAUCAAAGGCUGCUUAAUUAUUAAUUCUAUUAAUCUAAAUCAUUUUAAAUUAUUUGAGAUAUAAUCAAUAAUUAUUGAAAAUAUAAUCUACUUAAAUAUCUAAUAAAAUUAUAAAGUACCUUUGUCUUUGGAAUGUAUUGAUCAAAAAGAAUAAAAUCCUUAAUUAUUUUAUAUUUCCGGAUUCUCUAAGCUUUUAAUCCAAAAAAUUAGAAUUAAAAAUUAAUUUAGCAUUGAUUAUAGUCUUAUACACAUACUUUCAAAUAUUUUGUAUUCACCUACUAUUAAAGAAGUAAUUGAGAUCAAAGAUGCCAUAUUUGAAGGAAAUAUAUUACUCAAGUAAAAUCUAGGAAUUAUAAUUUCGUAAAUAUCAAUAUAUUCUGAAAAAUUCUAAGAAAUCACCUUUGAAAAUAUUGUUUUUUAGGAAGGAUUUUUCAAUGAAUAAAUCGAUGAUCCAUCUUAAAACUCAGCUGGACUUAUAUUCCUCAAUUCUUAACAAAGCUCUGUGAUUAUCAAUAAUCUAACAUGUCAAUCAAAUGCAGUAACUAAUUCUUCUAAUUCCUUUAUUUACAUCAACUCAAAUUCUGUUUAAAUAAAAAACAUUACAAUCAAAAAUCAUAACUCUUUAAACUCAACUAUUUGGAAGAAAUACUAUGAGAUUCCUCUGUAACAUUAAAACAAUUCAGAUUAAACUAUCUAUAUUGUCUAAUCUAUAUUUAAAUUUUAAAAUAAAGGAGGAAUAAUUUCGAUAACAUCUUCAAAUAUAGUUAUUACUUCAGGUCAAUUUGAUUAGAUAUAGGCUUAAAGCAGUUCGAUCUUUGAUAUUAGAACUUAAGGUUAAGGAGUAGUUCAUUUCGAUUCACUUUCUAUUAGCUAAGCAGAAGUUGAUCUUUAAUCACCCACGGAGAUGCAAGGUUGUAUUAGUAUAUACUCAAGAAACAGCCUGCUUAAUCUAAUAGUUUAGAAUGUUAAGUUUAAGAACAUCUUUAACAGAUUAAGUUCAUCGGUUUUAUCCAUCACUCCAUCCCAAAAAUUUAAUAAAAUUGAUAUUCAGAAUGUGAUAUUAGAGAGUUGCUUAUCAUUAACUAAUCAAUUUGUGAAAAUUGAAUUUUCUUAAUUUGAUUACAAUUUAGUAUCCAUCUAAAAUUUAUAGAUUUAUCAGUCUGAUUAAGAUUGGAUAGAAUAUUUUAAUAAAAUAGAUCCGAUUAGUUUGAGUGAAAUAAAUAAAGUUCCUAUUGAUAAUGCUAUUAUAAAUUUAAGUGGAUGUCAACUUAUUAUUAAGGGUUUAAUAUCUGAAGGAACAUUUAUAUCUCCAAUUUUUAAAAUUUCUGAUUCUUAAAAAAUACAAAUAAAAGAUUGUAAAAUUAAUUCAGUUUAGACAUUUUUUACAUUUAGUAUAUUAUAAUUUAUUUAGACUAAAACCUAAAAGUCUUCUAUUUUUCUAGAAGAAUUCGUAUUAAAAAAUAUAACUUUAUUUUAAAAAAGUAAUGAAUAAGAAAUACCAUAGAAAGCAUCUUAGAAUAAAUAUACUGCAAAUAAAUGUGCUAUUUAUAUAAGUGCUCCAAUAACUUAAAUCACAUCAACGUAUUCCUUCUAAUAAAUUUUAUAAUAUUUAAAUGAAAAUAUAUCAUCAACUGGAUCUUUAAUUUCAUUAUAAAGUGUUUCAAGUGAAAAUGUUAUUAAUCUUCUAAACUUUUUCAUAAGUUCUAACAAAUUUUCAGAAAAACUGAAUGGACUAAUUAAUUUUGAUCUAUUAGGAUUUUAAGAACUAAGACUAACUGAAGUUAAUUGUUUUAAAAAUUUAAUAAACGAAUUUGGUUGCCUCACAUUUUUUGCAAGUAAAAGUUUAGAAAGAAAAAUUAGAAUAAUAAAUUCUAAAUUUUUGUAUAAUAAUGGCACAUUAGGUUCAGGAAUAUUUGCCAAAAAAGUGAUAAUUGAUAUAAAAAAUAGUUUAUUCAUCAAGAAUAUAGCAUAACAAGAGGGUGGAGCUAUCUAUAUGGAGGAUUGCAGUAACCAUUUUAGGAUCAAUAAUUCUUUUAUAUUAAAGAAUAAAGCUCAACAAGGAGGUGGGAUAUAUUUUAAUGGAAAUAAUCAUAUCAAUAAAGAUAAUGUCAGACAUUCAUUAAUUUUAUUAAAUUCUGCUGAAGAAUUAACAGAUAAUAUUGUAGAAUUACCGCAUCAUUUAACUUUAUCAAUAAAUUAUAAUAAGAUGAUAUCUUCUUAAGAGAUAUCUGAAAAUUUGACUACAAAUAUUUUAAAAUUAAAUUCCUAUAACAUUAUAGAGUAAGGUUAAUUAAUAAAUACAAGUCAACUUUAUUUGCCUAGUAAUCAAGCAAUUAUUGACUUUAUAUUGUUUAAUCCAAAAAAUUAAGGAUAUUUAUCAUACAUUUAUGAAUUUUCUUUGUUGUUCUCAAAUAGUUUGAAUGAAAAAGUAUCAAAUCUUAUUAAUUUUACUUGCAAAGCAUAAAUGUUCUCUUAAAAUCAAAAUAAUGAAUCUAUUGAAAAUGGUAAACCUAUCUUAAAUUUACCCUAUAACUAAGAAAAAAAUAUAGUAAAUUUGGAAUAGCUUACUUUUACAUUCGAUCCUUAUUAAAAUAAUGAUGAACUUCUUUUGGUUUAAAUAAUUUGCUCAACAUCCUAAAACUAAAAUACUUUGAGAUACUUUUUUACAGCCAAAACCUUCAAAUGUUAAUUGGGAGAAUUUUAUGUAAAUAACGGCUGCUAAGUAUGUUAACAAAGUCAAGGGUUUUAUUCAGUUACUUAUGAUACAACUAAAUGUUCAAUUUUUGAUAAGACGAAAUUUUCAAACAUCACAUCCAAUAGAAUUUAAUUACUAAAAGGAUUUUGGAGACCGCAUGAAUAAUCUGAUGAUACUGAACUUUGCUUUAAAUAAUAAGCAUUUUGCUUAGGUGGAUGGGAUGUGGGCAAUAAUCUAUGUUUAAGAGGACAUGUUGGAGGAUUGUGUGAAGAGUGUGAUAAUUAUAAUAUUAGAGGUGAAGGUCAAUUCUUCAAAGACUUUGAAAAUUAAACUUGCCAAUUAUGUUCUAAAAGUGCAAAAAGCGUAUUUAUAUUUAUAGCUGCAUCUUUAUGGUAAUAGUCUAUAUUUUAAAUUCUUCUAACGUUAAGAAGUAUUGAUAAAUCAAAUCAAUUAUUUUAUUCAUUGAAAUUAAGGAAGAAGGUUAGCAAAAUUCUAUUUAAACUAAAUCAAGAUCAUCAAAGUAUUUAAAUAAAAAUGUUUAUAAAUUUCCUAUGGAUAUUUUCGUUAAUCUUUUCUUUUAACAUUUAAUUUUCGUUUUCUUUUGGAUUUGUUGAUCAAAUUAGCAAUCCUUCUAAUUUUAUGGCAACUAGUUUAGAUUGUUAUCUAUUAGAUUUCGAAUAAAUUUAGCUAAAUUACUCUAGAAUUAUAGCAACACUAUUGCUAAUCUUAUUACAACUGAUUAUCAUGUUUCUUGGUUCUCAAAUUUUUGCUCUAACAACCAAGUCUAAAAAUGUUAAUAGUGUUUUAUCGAAUACCGGGCUUUACCUUUAUGUAUCAAAUUUUGCUGCAUUGAUUAAACAAUUUUCUUCAUUGUUAGCAAGAAGAUAAAUAUCAAAUGUUGAUUACAUUCAAGGUAAUGUAUCACUCAUGUAUGAUACUCAAUCUCACUAUACAUGGAUAUAUCGAUUUAUAAUACCAGGAUUAGGUUUUGUUGGGUGCUUUAUUCCUUUAUUUUUAUUUUCUUUUAUGUUCAUUAUGAGAAAAAAGCUUGAUAUGAUUAAAUUUAGAAAACACAUAUGUUAUAUGUUUAAUGAAUAUGAUGAGCGUUGUUACUAUUGGGAAUUCAUUAAAAUAUGGAAGAAGACUAUAUUAAUUAUAAUUCUAACCUACUUUGAAACUAACAUACUUUUAAAGGCAUCUUUACUAGGACUCAGUUUAUUGUUUUAUCAAUUGUUUGCUGUUAAAAUUAAGCCAUUUAUAAAUUAAAAACUGAAUUCCCUUGACUUAGAAACUGGAUAGUUUUGUUCCAUCGCCAUAUUUUUGGCUGCCACUAUUUAUGUUUGUGAAUAAACAUCAAAUCAAAUUUAUUCUUAUCUACUUUAAUCUAGUAUUAUUCUGUUGUUCAUUAAGCUCUGUUAUCCAUUUAUUUAUUAGAUUAUUCGCUUAAAUUAUAAAAUGUAGAGAGUGAAUGUACUUACUCUAUUAUUGAAAUGUAGUAGCUUAUUAAUGAGUAAUUCUGCACUGGUUAAACAUUUAAAUUUCAAACUGGUUGAAUUAAAAUAGAGAGAAUAAAAGUUGAACUCAAAUAUUUAAAAAUUGAGACAACAUCUAUUUUCUGUUUCAAAAAGUAUUAAUGAAAAUUAAAAAUUAUUGUCGUCCUAAUAAUAAUUUUAAAAUAAAUCUACUUUUAGAAUCCUGACUUCUAGAGAAACUGAAGUUGUAAAAUUUAUGAAAACUGAUCAAGAAUGA